ACGACCUUCCAAUUGUGGCAAAGAUAACACAAGAUAAGAGAAAUUUUAUUUCUUUUUUUCUUUAUUAUUUUCACACUGAGGUUUGAUUUUCCGCUUUUACUUUUCGUCAGUAGGAUUUCCAUCCAAGCCGCUUUCUCCCAAUGCAAAAAUCCCCGGUCGCGACAUGCCCGCCGCCAUCCGUCGCCGAAUCGACACCUUCCCUCUCCCUCCAUGAUUUCCACUCCCCCCACUCUUCUCUAUCUGUUCGCUUUCAUCGUCUCCGUCUCCGGAUGCCUCCCCGGCGAGAGAACAGCGCUUCUCCAACUAAAGCAAAGCUUCUCCUUCUCAAAGCUCGAAUCUUGGCAGCCGAACACGAACUGCUGUCAAUGGAGCGGCGUCCUUUGCGAUAAUAUUUCCGGUAAUGUCGUCAAUCUCGAUCUCAGCUCUCAAUACUUAUCGGGUAAGAUUGAUUCGAGCCUCUUCAAUCUUACUUCUUUACGUGCUCUCAAUCUCGCCUUCAACCUGUUCUACGGAAGUCCGAUUCCAAGUUCUGGAUGGGAAAAGCUCGGGAAUCUCACGCAUCUGAAUCUUUCCAAUUCGGGAUUCGAAGGGCAAGUCCCCAUCGGCAUCUCUCGUCUCAGAAAUUUGGUUUCUUUAGACCUGUCUUUGUAUGCUUAUGCUGGUUUGCUGGAGCUCAGAGACCCGGAUCUCGGAACUCUUCUCCAAGGGCUCGGGAGGCUUAGGGUGCUCUAUCUCGAUGGAGUGAACAUCUCUGCAAAGGGGGAGGAAUGGUGUGGAGCUUUGGCUGUAUCGACUCCCGAACUUCAAGAGCUGAGCUUGGAGGACUGCUCGCUCACCGGCGGCAUUGGAUCUUCAUUAUCAAAGCUUCGAUCUUUGACAAUGCUUGAUCUUGAAGGGAACACUCUGAACUCCACUGUGCCUGAUUUCUUUGUCAAUUUUACUUCUUUAUCUGUGCUGCGGUUAGGUUACUGCGGGCUUGAAGGUUUGUUCCCCAAAGAUAUAUUUCAGCUGAAGAAUUUGACGGUUGUUGAUCUGUCCAUGAAUCCAAUGCUCUCCGGAUCACUUCCAGAUUUCAUAGAGGAAAGCGCUCUGGAAAGUUUGGUGCUUUCUCAAACAAAUUUUUCAGGAUUUUUACCUGAUUCCAUUGGAAAUCUCAAAUCGUUGAAAAUAUUAGUUCUUUCAAACUGUCAUUUCUCCGGAAAAAUACCAUCUUCAAUCUGGAACUUGACUCAGCUGAUGAAUUUGGACCUCUCCUCUAAUAAUCUAAGUGGUCCGAUUCCUGCUUUUCAUCCAUCUUCAUCUUUACCCGAUAUAUUACUCCCACAAAAUCUGAUUUCAGGUUCGAUCGCUACAGCUUAUCGAGGGAGGGGACUUCAAAAUCUUACAAAACUUGAUCUUCAUGAUAACUCACUUUCAGGACCAAUCCCUGAAACUCUAUUUAAUCUGCCUCAGUUGCAGACAUUGCUGCUUCGGCAGAACCUGCUCUCCGGCCAACUUACUGAGUUUUCAGAAACCUCUUUGUUGAAUAAUGUUGAUCUUAGUAAUAAUAACCUCCAAGGAAAUAUCCCAUGGUCACUUUUCCAGCUCUCUAGACUCAAACUUCUCUCCCUUGCUAACAACAACUUCACUGGUUUUUUCCAGCUGAACUCCAUCCUUCCUCUCAAGAACCUCUUAAAUCUCGAUUUAUCAAACAGCGGAUUGUUCUGUCUGGAUGAAGAAAGCGACAGCUCUUCCUUCUCUUCAUUCCCCAUGAUCAACUCGUUGAAAUUGGUUAACUGCAAUCUAACCACUAUACCACUUUUCCUGAAGCACCAAGUUCAGAUAAGCUCACUGGAUCUCUCCCAAAACAGCAUUACUGGUGAUAUACCUGGCUGGAUUUGGAGUGUUGGGAAUGGAAAUCUCAUGAACCUGAACCUCUCUUAUAACUCAUUCACUCGUGUCGUAGCGCCUUCUUUUAAUCCCCCCACGAACACUUCCAUGAAUCUCGACCUCCACUCUAACAAGCUUCAGGGACCAAUUCCUCUACCCCCACCGAAUACCAUUGUUCUUGAUUACUCAGAUAACAUGUUCUCAUCAUCUAUCCCUCACAACCUUUCCUUGUACCUCAACUUCACCUUGUUUCUUUCUCUUGCAAACAACUCUCUCAUUGGGGAAAUCCCAUCUUCGCUCUGCAAUGCAUCCUUUCUCUACAUCCUCGACUUAUCCAACAAUGCUUUAACUGGUUCUAUUCCACCAUGCCUCAUGGGAAAUGAAAUGGAUCUCCAUUUUCUGAAUCUUAGAACGAACAAGCUUCAAGGCUCCAUUCCUUCACAAAUUCGAGAAAAAUGUAACUUUCAGACAAUAAAUUUCAACGGAAACCGCCUCGAAGGCCAGCUUCCUCGCUCACUGGUUAAUUGUCGUUCGCUUGAAGUUCUAGACUUGGGGAACAAUGAAUUGGCAGACACAUUUCCUGAAUGGUUGGGAAAUAUUUCCUCACUCCUCAUUCUUGUUCUUGGAUCAAAUAAACUACAUGGGCCUGUCAGAUUUUCAACAGACAGCCAUGGAAGAAGAAAUUCCAGCUUUCAAGCGCUGCACAUCUUUGAUAUCUCAUCCAAUAACUUCAAUGGCAGUUUGUGUGCGGAAUGCUUCAACAAUUUAAAAGCGAUGAUGAUGAGAAGUAAUGAGGAUUCAGUGAACUCAGCUGUUGGCCUUGAGUAUUUGAAUUUCAAUACAAGUAACUAUGCUGAUGUGAUAAGUAUCACCAUCAAAGGAAUCCAGAUGAACUUGACUAAGAUUCUGAGCAUCUACAAAACAAUUGAUUUCUCGAACAAUAAUUUCGAUGGAGAGAUCCCGUCGGCGAUUGGAAACCUGAAUUCUCUAUACGUGCUCAACAUGUCUGCAAAUGCUUUGACAGGCCCCAUUCCUCAUCAGCUCGGUAAACUGGCACAGCUCGAGUCGUUGGAUCUCUCGAAAAACCAUCUCUCCGGCAAAAUCCCUCAGGAACUGGCUUCUUUAACAUUUCUUUCUGUUCUGAAUCUCUCCUACAACAAUCUGGUUGGAAAAAUUCCUGAAGGUGGCCAGUUUUCUACAUUUUCGAACGAAUCAUUUGAGGGAAAUGAGGGUUUAUGUGGGAUUCCUUUAACAAUUCUUUGUAGAAAAAACCCAAAUGCUAAACCUUUUUAUGAACCAGUUGGAGUUUCGACUGAGCCCAGCUGGGAAUACAUAUUUACAGGUCUGGGAUUUGGGGGCGGCUUAGCCAUGCUUAUGGGAACUUUAAUGGUGUGGGAAGAAGGAAGAAGAUGGCACUUUAACUGGAUUGAUAAUGUGUUAGAUACCAUUGCUCCAUUUUACAGGCUUAGAAAUGGUUGUGGAGAUGGUAGGGUUAGUGAUAUGGAUGUAAGAGAAGAUGACUUUGAGGAGGAGAUCACUGAGGCAGUAACAAGAAGAAAAUUUUGUGUUUAUUGUACAGAGUUAGUUUUCUAUGAUGAUGGAAUGAAAAUACAAUUUGUGGACUGUGAUUGCCACUUUGAUGAGAGGUAAUUUAGGAUCUGGUUGGGGCAGCUGCAAUUGUUUGAAGGAGCUGUGAAUUCGAUGUUGUUAUUUUAAGAAAUAACUAUGAAGCUGCUGUAGAAGAAGUUCAAAAAUUUGUGGUGGCUAUUACAAAAACUUUUUUUUUAAAAAAAAAGUCAAAUCGCAGCUAUCUAGAUAUCGCUGCAUUUAGCCGAGUCCAAUUGCAAAACGUAGCUUUCCACACUUCUGCCCCCAAACGCACCCACCCUUCGUCUUUUUUAAGCAAUCUUUGUACAUAGGUGUGUUAUUGAAUAAAUUUAUUUUAUAGUUAUUCACAUAAAUCAUAGAGCAAGGAAGAAAAAGAAUCAUUUGGUCUUUGCCUAUUGUAACCGUU